GUGCACGCGACCCCCAUCGAACAUGGCACAGUCUGCAGAGGAUGCCUUUUUCAACAAACCUUCCGUCCUCGAGACCUCCCAGACAUUCCAAACGAUUCGUCUUUCGCAAGAUAAGCAAACUAUAAUCACCGCUAACCCACUUCUUGACGCUCAUCACGGGAGUCUUGGCCCACUGACGGCCUCGAAAGCAGUGGACGUGCAUUGAUUGGCAUGGCAUCCGUUUUCCUACAUGAUAUACACUAUCUAAACCUCCACCUUCUCUAGCUCGACACUGACCACAAUGAUCCUCUUACGACUGUCGACGACAGGCCUAUUUUUGCUGCUCUUCUUGUCUUCGAUCGUCCUUGUUAUUGCGUUCUUCACAAGGCGGUCCUGUGCCAGUGUCUCAGAAGCGCCCAAUGAUAGUAAAACUCUUAUAGCUUCCAGCCUUCGCAAUUCGAACCGCUCCUCCUCCCUGCAUCCAUCCGCGAUACCCCCGGGCACGAAAGAAACGAAUGAUAUGACUAAUGAGCCCUUCAUUGACCGCACGUAUGUCAAGCAGUCACACGAUGCUUUCCUAGUACUCGAUGUCGAAGCAACAUGCAUGCCUGGCACGGACUUUAACUACCCAAACGAGAUAAUUGAAUGGCCAGUGCUUCUGCUUCGUUGGAAAGACAGAGACUCUGUAGGACGAGCUAAUAGACUCGAGGUCGUGGAUGAAUUUCGGAGCUUCGUGAAACCCAUUUGGAAGCCACAGCUUUCUCCAUUCUGUACAGCUCUAACUGGAAUAACCCAAGCCGACGUAGACAAUGCGCCACCUUUCACCGCGGUCAUCGCGACCUUCAGAGAAUUCUUAACACGAAAUGGUUUGAUCGACCCUGUAACAAACUCUGCGCUUGUGCGCUUCUGCUGGUGCACGGAUGGUCCAUGGGACGUGCGCGAUUUCGUAGUUAAGCAGUGUUUCAUAUCAAAGAUUCCAAUCCCUCCUUGGCUCGCAGGCGACGUCAUUGAUGUUCGUCGAGUUGUGAGCAAAUGGCAAGAAAAGCAUGACCCGCCGGCGAAGAGACCCAAAUCAUCAUUUCCACAGCCACAAGGCACGUAUCUGCCUAUCCCACGGCAGCUUCACCUGCUCGGCCUUGCACCCUUUGAAGGACGCCAGCAUUGUGGCAUCGAUGAUACCCGCAAUGUCGCUCGAAUUAUCGUGGAGCUUGCGCGCCGAGGCAUGCGUCUGCGACCAAAUACCCCAAUCAAUCCCAAUCGACGAUGGCCCUGGAUGGGCAGGUAUGGGAAAAUUCUCGAGGAUUAUGUUGUAUACCCAGCAUACCCAGCAUUCCAACCACAAGUUUCUCCGAAUCUGUAAUUGCAUGCAGACCUGUAUCGUCCGGUGCAGAUGAUGUUGUCCCUGUAUCAUUUAGCAGUCUGUCUCUGUAACCGUUUCCUAUCUGGAGCCACUCACCCCUCGUACAUGAAUAUCAGAAGGUUCACACACCAUUUGUGAAGAGUGGAGAUCCUCCUUGAGAAACGCUUGGCACCAUCGUUCUUUCUCACUCAAAUUCGGAGUCCUUCUUUACCCGGAACCCGUCUGCUAGUCCGAGGGAACAUCUUCCCGAAGACAGAUCGGCGGGGAGAACCAUGAGAGAUCGACUGCUUUACCGGUAGAUUGUGAGGAAGAUUCUUCCCAUGAACGUGCCCUCGAGCGAUCACGUCAAUGCACCCGAUACGAGGAGACUCCAAUUAGACGUGGUUCAGCAUCCUCGGUCGCUGUUGUCGACAUCGCACCCGUAAGAUGUGAUAUGUUAUAAAAAUAGACACUAUUCUAGUGCAUUCUAAAUAGAAGAUAUUGCGAUC